AACAUGGCUGCGGCGCCUGGGCUGCUCGUCUGGCUGCUUGUGCUCGGGCUGCCCCGGCGGGUGCCGGGCCAGCUGGACCCCAGCACUGGCCGGCGCUUCUCGGAGCACAAACUCUGCGCGGACGACGAAUGCAGCAUGUUAAUGUACCGCGGUGAGGCUCUUGAAGAUUUCACAGGCCCGGAUUGUCGUUUUUUGAAUUUUAAAAAAGGUGAUCCUGUAUAUGUUUACUAUAAACUGGCAAGAGGAUGGCCUGAAGUUUGGGCUGGAAGUGUUGGACGCAUUUUUGGAUAUUUUCCAAAAGAUUUAAUCCAGGUAGUCCAUGAAUAUACCAAAGAAGAGCUACAAAUUCCAACAGAUGAGACGGAUUUUGUUUGUUUUGAUGGAGGAAGAGAUGAUUUUCAUAAUUAUAAUGUAGAAGAACUUUUAGGGUUUUUGGAACUGUACAAUUCUGCAGCUAGAGAUUCUGAGAAAGCUGUAGAAAAAACUUCACAGGAUAUGGAAAAAAACCCUGAAUUAUCUAAGGAAAGGGAACCUGAGCCUGAACCAGUAGAAGCCAACUCAGAGGAAAGUGAUAGUGUAUUCUCAGAAAACACUGAGGAUCUUCAGGAACAGUUUACAACUCAGAAGCACCACUCCCAUGCAGACAGCCAAGCAGAUCAUGCUCAGGGAGAGCAGCCUUCAUUUGAAUCUUUUGAAGAAAUGCUGCAAGAUAAACUAAAAGUGCCAGAAAGUGAAAACAACAAAACCAGCAAUAGUUCUCAGGUCUCAAAUGAACAGGAUAAGAUUGAUGCCUAUAAACUUUUGAAAAAAGAAAUGACUCUAGACUUGAAAACCAAAUUUGGCUCAACAGCGGAUGCACUUGUAUCUGAUGAUGAGACAACCAGACUCGUUACUUCAUUAGAAGAUGAUUUUGAUGAGGAAUUGGAUGCUGAGUAUUAUGCAGUUGGAAAGGAAGAUGAGGAGAACCAAGAAGACUUUGAUGAGUUGCCUUUACUUACCUUUACAGAUAGGGAAGAUAUGAAAACUCCAGCAAAGUCUGGAGUUGAGAAAUAUCCAACAGAUAAAGAGCAGAUGAAGAGGACAAGGUCAAAUGAAGAGGACAAGGUUCAGCUAACUGUGCCCCCUGGCAUCAAAAAUGAUGAUAAAAAUAUACUAACAACCUGGGGGGACACUAUCUUCUCUAUUGUCACAGGAGGUGAAGAAAAAAGACAUACAAUGGAUUUAGAGAGCUCUAGUUCAGAGGAAGAAAAAGAUGAUGAUGAUGCAUUAGUCCCACAUAGCAAACAGGGGAAACCACAGUCAGCAACAGAUUAUAGUGACCCUGACAAUGUAGAUGAUGGUCUUUUUAUUGUAGACGAUCCUAAAACAAAUAAUGACAAAGAAGUAAACACAGAACAUCACAUUAAAGGAAAAGGGAGGGGAGUUCAGGAAUCCAAGAGGGGCCUGGUACAAGAUGAGACAGAAUUAGAGGAUGAAAAGCAAGAAGGCAUGACUCUGCACAGUUCUGUUGACAGCAAUAACCUCAACUCUAUGCCAGCUGCUGAAAAGGGUAAAGACACAUUAAAAUCAGCUUAUGAUGAUAAAGAAAAUGACCUAAAAGGAGCAGCUAUUCAUAUCUCAAAAGGAAUGCUCCACGAAGAAAAGCCUGGAGAGCAGAUUUUGGAAGGUGGCUCAGAGAGUGAAUCUGCACAGAAAGCUGCAGGGAAUCAAAUGAAUGACAAAAAGAUUCAACAGGAAUCCUUGGGUAGUGCACCACUCAUGGGGGAUAACCACCCUAACGCAUUCAGAGACAGUGUGGAGGGAGACGCUUUGGUAAAUGGGGCCAAACUGCACACGCUUUCAGUGGAGCAUCAACGUGAGGAAUUGAAAGAGGAAUUAGUUCUUAAAACUCAAAACCAACCUAGAUUUUCCUCUCCAGAUGAGAUUGAUUUGCCCAGAGAACUGGAAGACGAGGUUCCCAUUCUGGGAAGAAAUCUUCCCUGGCAACAAGAAAGAGAUGUGGCUGCCACAGUCAAUAAGCAAAUGAGUGAGAAGAUAAGGCUCUCUGAGGGAGAAGCCAGAGAGGACUCCUUGGAUGAAGAGUUUUUUCAUCACAAGGCAAUGCAGGGCACAGAGGUAGGACAGACAGACCAAACUGACAGCACAGGAGGACCAGCUUUCCUUUCUGAAGCAGGAGAGGAUGAUUAUCCCUCUGAAGAACUACUAGAGGAUGAAAACGCUAUAAAUGCAGAAUGGUCUAAAGAAAAAAACCCUGGGAAUCAGGGCAGGCAGUUUGAUGUUAAUCUGCAAGUCCCUAACAGAGCAGUUUUAGGGACCAUUCAUGCAGAUCCAGAAAUUGAAGAAAGCAAGCAAGAAACUAGUACGAUUUUGGAUAGUGAAAAAAAAAGUGAGACUGCUGCCAAAGGGGUCAACAUAGGAGGCAGGGAACCAAAUACAAUGGUGGAAAAAGAACGCCCUCUGGCAAAUAAGAAAGCACAGAGACCCUUUGAAGGAAGUGACUUUUCUGACAGCAUAAAAACUCAGACUCCAGAAUUAGGUGAAGUGUUUCAGAAUAAAGAUUCUGAUUAUCUGAAGAAUGACAACCCUGAAGAACAUCUGAAGACCUCAGGGCUUGCAGGGGAGCCUGAGGGAGAACUCUCAAAAGAGGACCAUGAGAACGCAGAGAAAUACAUGGGCACAGAAAGCCAGGGGUCUGCUGCUGCAGACCCUGAAGAUGACUCGUUCCAGUGGACUCCACAUACAAGUGUAGAGCCAGAGCAUAGUGACAAGAGGGAGGACUUACUUAUCAUAGGCAGCUUCUUUAAAGAACAACAGUCUUUGCAGCGGUUCCAGAAGUACUUUAAUGUCCAUGAGCUGGAAGCCUUGCUACAAGAAAUGUCAUCAAAAUUGAAGUCAGCGCAGCAGGAGAGCCUGCCCUAUAAUAUGGAAAAAGUCCUAGAUAAGGUCUUCCGUGCUUCUGAGUCACAAAUUCUGAGCAUAGCAGAAAAAAUGCUUGAUACUCGUGUGGCCGAAAAUAGAGAUCUGGGAAUGAAGGAAAAUAACAUAUUUGAAGAGGCUGCAGUGCUCGAUGACAUUCAAGACCUCAUUUAUUUUGUCAGGUACAAGCACUCCACAGUAGAGGAGACAGCCUCACUGGUGAUGGCACCACCUCUAGAGGAAGGCUUGGGUGGAGCAAUGGAAGAGAUGCAACCACUGCAUGAAGAUAAUUUCUCACAAGAGAACACAGCAGAACUUAACGUGCAGGUUCCUGAAGAACUCACCCACUUGGACCAACGUGUGAUUGGGGACACUCAUGCCUCAGAAGUGUCACAGAAGCCAAAUACUGAGAAAGACUUGGACCCAGGGCCAGUUACAACAGAAGACACUCCUAUGGAUGCUGUUGAUGCAAACAAGCAACUAGAGACAGCUGCCAAAGAGCCGGCAAGUGUCACACCUUUGGAAAACGCAAUCCUUCUAAUAUAUUCAUUCAUGUUUAAUUUAACUAAGUUGCUAGUUGCUACAUUGCCUGAUGAUGUUCAGCCUGGGCCUGAUUUUUAUGGACUGCCAUGGAAACCUGUACUUAUCACUGCCUUCUUGGGAAUUGUUUCGUUUGCCGUUUUCUUAUGGAGAACUGUCCUUGUUGUGAAGGAUAGAGUAUAUCAAGUCACGGAACAGCAAAUUUCUGAGAAGUUGAAGACUAUUAUGAAAGAAAAUACAGAACUUGUACAAAAAUUGUCAAAUUAUGAACAGAAGAUCAAGGAAUCAAAGAAACAUGUUCAGGAAACCAGGAAACAAAAUAUGAUUCUCUCUGAUGAAGCAAUUAAAUUUAAGGAUAAAAUCAAGACACUUGAAAAAAAUCAGGAAAUUCUGGAUGACACAGCUAAAAAUCUUCGUGUUAUGCUAGAAUCAGAGAGAGAACAGAAUGUCAAGAAUCAGGACUUGAUAUCAGAAAACAAGAAAUCUAUAGAGAAGUUAAAGGAUGUUAUUUCAAUGAAUGCCUCAGAAUUUUCAGAGGUUCAGAUUGCCCUUAAUGAAGCUAAGCUUAGUGAAGAGAAGGUGAAGUCCGAAUGCCAUCGGGUUCAAGAAGAAAAUGCUAGGCUUAAGAAGAAAAAAGAGCAGUUGCAGCAGGAAAUCGAAGACUGGAGUAAAUUACAUGCUGAGCUCAGUGAGCAAAUCAAAUCAUUUGAGAAGUCUCAGAAAGAUUUGGAAGUAGCUCUUACUCACAAGGAUGAUAAUAUUAAUGCUUUGACUAACUGCAUUACACAGUUCAAUCUGUUAGAGUGUGAAUCUGAAUCUGAGGGUCAAAAUAAAGGUGGAGAUGAUUCAGAUGAAUUAGCAAAUGGAGAAGUGGGAGGUGACCGGAAUGAGAAGAUGAAAAAUCAAAUUAAGCAGAUGAUGGAUGUCUCUCGGACACAGACUGCAAUAUCAGUAGUUGAAGAGGAUCUAAAGCUUUUACAGCUUAAGCUAAGAGCCUCUGUGUCCACUAAAUGUAACCUGGAAGACCAGAUAAAGAAAUUGGAAGAAGACCGCAACUCACUACAAGCUGCCAAAGCUGGACUGGAAGAUGAAUGCAAAACCUUGAGGCAGAAAGUGGAGAUUCUGAAUGAACUCUAUCAGCAGAAGGAGAUGGCUUUACAAAAGAAACUGAGUCAAGAAGAGUAUGAACGGCAAGAAAGAGAGCACAGGCUCUCAGCUGCAGAUGAAAAGGCAGUUUCGGCUGCAGAGGAAGUAAAAACUUACAAGCGGAGAAUUGAAGAAAUGGAGGAUGAAUUACAGAAGACAGAGCGGUCAUUUAAAAACCAGAUCGCUGCCCAUGAGAAGAAAGCUCAUGAAAACUGGCUCAAAGCUCGUGCUGCAGAAAGAGCUAUAGCUGAAGAGAAAAGGGAAGCCGCCAACUUGAGACACAAAUUAUUAGAAUUAACACAAAAGAUGGCAAUGCUGCAAGAAGAACCUGUGAUUGUAAAACCAAUGCCAGGAAAACCAAAUACACAAAACCCUCCACGGAGAGGUCCUCUGAGCCAGAAUGGCUCUUUUGGCCCAUCCCCUGUGAGUGGUGGAGAAUGCUCCCCUCCAUUGACAGUGGAGCCACCUGUGAGACCUCUCUCUGCUACUCUCAAUCGAAGAGAUAUGCCUAGAAGUGAAUUUGGAUCAGUGGACGGGCCUCUACCUCAUCCUCGAUGGUCGGCUGAGGCAUCUGGGAAACCCUCUCCUUCUGAUCCAGGAUCUGGUACAGCUACCAUGAUGAACAGCAGCUCAAGAGGCUCUUCCCCUACCAGGGUAAUCGAUGAAGGCAAGCAAACUGUUCUCCAAGAGCCUGAAGUCCCCUCAGUUCCCAGCAUUACAUCUUUGGCUGAGCAUCCAGUAGCAGUUACUAUGGCUCCAAAAGGGCCCCCUCCUUUCUCAGGAGUCCCUCUCAUGAGCAGCCCCAUGGGAGGCCCUGUACCACCACCCAUUCGAUAUAGACCACCACCUCAGCUCUGCGGACCUUUCGGGCCUCGGCCAUUUCCUCCACCCUUUGGCCCUGGUAUGCGUCCACCACUAGGCUUAAGAGAAUUUGCACCAGGCGUUCCACCAGGAAAACGGGACCUGCCUCUCCACCCUCGGGAAUUUUUACCUGGACACGCACCAUUUAGACCUUUAGGUUCACCUGGCCCAAGAGAGUACUUUAUUCCUGGUACCCGAUUACCACCCCCGACCCAUGGUCCCCAGGAAUACCCACCACCACCUGCUGUAAGAGACUUACUGCCGUCGGGCUCUAGAGAUGAGCCUCCGCCUGCCUCUCAGAGCACUAGCCAGGACUGUUCACAGGCUUUAAAACAGAGCCCAUAAAACUAUGACCUCUGAGGUUUCGUUGGAGAGAAAGUGUACUGUGCAUUAUUCAUUACAGUAAAGGAUUUCAUUGGCUUCAAAAUCCAAAAGUUUAUUUUAAAAGGUUUGUUGUUAGAACCAAGCUGCCUUGGCAGUGUGCAUUUUUGAGCCAAACAAUUAAAAAAUGUCAUUUUUUUCCCUAAAUAAAAAUCACCUUUUAAGCUAGAGCGUCCUUACAACUUUGAAAUGUGCAAUAAAGAAUACCUGUGUUUUAGCUAAUGUAGCAUAUGUAAUUGCAAAAUGAUUUAGAAUGUCAUGAAAAAUAUGAACAUUUCCUGUGGAAAUGCUUUAAGAACAUGUAUUUCCAUUAUCCUACUUUUAGUGUACACCAGCUGAAUAUGGAGCAAUGGUGUUUAUAAGCGUUUUUUUUAAACUAUCUGGUCACAAAGACUGUUACGCUAAAAAUGUUACUAAAAGAUCACUAAACUAUCUCCCCUCUUGCUGAAGUUGUUUGUAGUAACAGCUCAUAAAAAUUUGUUUAUUAAUAUUU